CGGUUAAACGAGUGACACCUGCUAACCUCUCCAUCUAAUAUCGAGCCAAAUUCCUCGGGCUCGGAUAAUUCGCACACGAGCAAUUCCUAUGCUCGGAGCUAGAAUGUCCAAUCUACGGAAGUUCAUAGAUAUUGGAGCUAAUUUAACGGAUUCUAUGUACCAAGGCAUUUAUCAUGGAUCUCAGAAACAUCAGCCAGAUUUAGACAAGGUUUUAGAGAGAAGUUGGAAAAAUAAUCUUUCAAAAAUCAUUAUUACAGCUGGUAGUGUGGAAGAAAGCAAAAAGGCGCUUGAAAUAGCAAAACUUGAUGACAGACUAUAUUCAACGGUUGGUUGUCAUCCAACCCGUUGCAAUGAAUUCGAAGAAUGUGGCAAUCCAGAAGGAUACCUUAAAACACUGUCAGAUCUGGCGCUAAACAACAAGGAUAAGAUUGUUGCUAUUGGCGAGAUGGGCCUGGAUUACGACAGAUUGAAUUUUUGCUCCAAGGAAACCCAAAAGAAGUAUUUUGAGAUGCAGUUAUCGCUGUGUUCCACGCUAAAGUUACCAAUGUUCCUACACUGCCGCAAUGCUAGUGACGAUUUUGUGCGAAUUCUGAGGAAGCACAAAAACGAAUUGACGCCAGGCGUCGUACAUUCGUUCGACGGCAAUCCGGAAGACGCUAAUUCUAUAUUACAAUUAGGCUUGUACAUCGGCGUCAAUGGAUGCUCUCUGAAAACAGAGGAAAAUCUUUUUGCGAUCACUACCAUUCCCUCAGAUAGACUCAUGAUAGAAACUGAUUGUCCAUGGUGUGAAAUCAGGCCGACUCACGCGUCCGCAAAGGAUGUUAUCACACAUUUUCCUUCUGUAAAGAAAGAAAAGUGGCAAGCAGACCAAAUGGUUAAAGGACGGAACGAGCCCUGUACGAUAGUUCAAAUAUUGGAAGUCCUAGCACAGAUUAGAGACGAGGAAGAAGAGUAUCUAUGUAAUCAAAUAUACAAGAAUACGAUGAAACUCUUCUUCCCAUAUGAAUUAUAGUGUGCGGUCACUGAACAGACUGCAAAAACGUAAACGCACCUAAAGUGCAGCAUUAAUGAUAGCACAUUUGUGGAAGUAAUCAGGGAUAAAAGCUGUGAAUGCAUGCGUAUAGAUGAGAAAAGAUAUAAAAGAGAAACACGCUGCCGAAAUGCUCUGUUGAAGGAGGGAAAUGAAGACACUCACUUUUAUAUACGUAGCUUUAUGGAGGUGGCUGUUGUCCACAGAUCUCUUCCCAUGAAAAACUUUAAUAUAUUCUUGUUAAAAUUAUAUUAUAUCAUCAUAAUAUCGUACUCAUAUAUCGCAUUUUGUCACUAUUACUACCAUCAUCUCAUUAUUAUUAUUAUUUGCGAUAUUUAUUAAUAUUAUUCUGCUAUUUCUACAAA